GAAGCAGAGGAGCUGGAGACACAAGUGCUGGAGGCAAGGAAAAGGGUGCUGGGCCCUGAGCACCCAUCCACCUUGACCAGCAUGGCUAAUCUGGCAAGCACAUUGUGGCAGCAGGGAAAGCUGGAUGAAGCAGAGGAGCUGGAGACACAGGAGCUGGAGGCAAGCAAAAAGGUGCUGGGCCCUGAGCACCCAUCCACCUUGACCAGCAUGAGUAAUUUGGCUCUCACAUUGCAGCAGCAGGGAAAGCUGGAUGAUGCAGAGGAGCUGCAGACGCAGGUGCUGGAGGCAAGUAAAAGAGUGCUGGGCCCUGAGCACCCAGAUACCUUGACCAGCAUGGAUAAUCUGGCAGGCACAUUGAGGCAGCAGGGAAAGCUGGAUGAAGCAAAGGAACUGGAGACACAGGUGCUGGAGGCAAGGGAAAGGGUGCUGGGCCCUGAGCACCCAGACACCUUGAUCAGCAUGUAUAAUCUUGCAUUUACUCUGCAUGGCAUGGGAAACAAGAAAGCAGCUAUCCAACUUAUGACUGAGACUGUUGCAAUGCAUCAAAAUGUUCUGGGUGACAAUCAUCCUUACACUUCACAGGGCAUGAAGCAGUUGGAGAUCUGGAAAGCAGAGGAGGAAAGGGAGGAGUAG